CUCCGCACCCAGUCGGAGCUGGGCUUUGGCAGCGGCACCCAGCGCUCCCCUCGGUGCCCGGCGGUGCCGCGGAGGAGGAGCGGAGCGGCGCUCCGAGCUGCCCCCAUGCCGGGCGGGCGCUCCGGCCCCCGCCUGGCACCGGCCCCUCGGCACCUCGCACCGCCGGCUCUGGGGAUUAAAACACAGCGCUGGGCAGCCGAGGGAGAAGAGCAGGGUCAUGAAGAAAGGCUAAGGCUAACAAUUGCAAUAAAAUCCACAGCAAGGGCAGAAGAGCAAAGGAGCUAAAAGCUGACUGACAACUAACGUUAAGUACCUAUUUCAGCAUUUCUCUGGUGAUGGCCGUUCAGCAGUGGUGACUUCUUCCAAUUGACCACUCCACACAUUAUUAUCUCUGGACUGCCAGCUGACACCCUGCCGGAGGCUAGAGCUACCGAGACAACUGGAAUUGUGCCUGCUCUCAUCAAGGUUUUUUCUUUCACGGGGGAAAAAAAAAAUGAAGUUGGGCAAAGUGGAGUUCUGCCAUUUCCUGCAGAUACUAGCUCUUUUCCUGUGUCUUUCUGGAAUCAAUCAAGCAGAGCUCUCAAGGUCCAGGUCAAAGCCCUACUUUCAAUCGGGGAGGACGAGAACCAAACGCAGCUGGGUGUGGAAUCAAUUCUUUGUGCUGGAGGAAUACAUGGGUACAGACCCACUCUAUGUAGGAAAGCUUCACUCUGAUGUUGAUAAAGGCGAUGGUUCCAUCAAAUACAUCUUGUCAGGCGAAGGGGCAAGUUCCAUUUUCAUUAUUGAUGAGAACACGGGGGAUAUUCAUGCUACAAAGAGGCUGGAUCGAGAAGAGCAGGCCUACUACACGCUCCGAGCACAAGCACUAGAUAGGCUGACUAAUAAACCUGUGGAACCAGAAUCUGAGUUCGUCAUUAAGAUUCAGGACAUCAAUGACAAUGAGCCAAAAUUUCUGGAUGGUCCUUACACUGCCGGAGUUCCCGAGAUGUCUCCUGUGGGUACUUCUGUGGUUCAGGUGACAGCCACUGAUGCAGAUGAUCCUACUUAUGGCAACAGUGCUAGAGUGGUUUAUAGCAUAUUGCAAGGACAACCUUACUUUUCCGUGGAGCCAAAAACAGGUGUUAUCAAGACUGCCCUUCCUAAUAUGGAUAGAGAAGCAAAGGACCAAUACCUACUAGUUAUUCAAGCAAAGGACAUGGUUGGGCAGAAUGGUGGAUUAUCAGGGACUACGUCUGUAACUGUCACCCUGACUGAUGUUAAUGACAAUCCACCCCGCUUUCCACGACGAUCGUAUCAGUAUAAUGUCCCAGAGUCUUUGCCAGUGGCUUCUGUGGUGGCCAGAAUAAAAGCUGCAGAUGCAGAUGUGGGAGCCAAUGCUGAAAUGGAAUAUAAGAUUGUGGAUGGUGAUGGUUUGGGAGUAUUCAAAAUCUCUGUUGACAAAGACACCCAGGAGGGAAUCAUAACAAUUCAGAAGGAGCUGGAUUUUGAAGCUAAGACAAGCUAUACCUUGAGGAUAGAAGCAGCCAAUAUGCAUGUUGACCCUCGCUUCCUGAGUCUGGGACCCUUUAGUGACAUGACAACAGUGAAGAUAAUUGUAGAAGACGUUGAUGAGCCCCCUGUGUUUACUUCACGUUUGUACUCUAUGGUGGUAUCUGAAGCAGCAAAGGUUGGCACUAUCAUUGGAACUGUAGCGGCCCAUGACCCAGAUGCUUCAAACAGUCCUGUCAGGUACUCAAUAGAUCGAAACACAGACCUGGAGAGGUAUUUCAAUAUAGAUGCCAGCAGUGGAGUCAUUACAACUGCCAAAUCUUUGGACAGGGAAACUAAUGCAGUGCAUAAUAUCACAGUUUUGGCUAUGGAGAGUCAGAAUCCAGCACAGGUUGGGAGAGGCUAUGUAGCCAUCACUAUCCUUGACAUCAAUGACAAUGCUCCUGAAUUUGCCAUGGAGUAUGAGACCACUGUCUGUGAAAAUGCUCAACCUGGUCAGGUGAUCCAGAAAAUCAGUGCAAUUGAUAAAGAUGACCCACCAAAUGGCCAUCAAUUCUACUUCAGUUUAACAGCAGAGGCAGCAAAUAACCACAAUUUUACACUGCAGGACAACAAAGAUAACACUGCAACAAUAUUAACUAGAAGGAAUGGGUUCCGAAGACAGGAACAGUCUGUUUUCUACUUGCCAAUAUUCAUUGUGGACAGUGGAUCACCUUCACUUAGUAGCACUAAUACCCUCACUAUCAGAGUCUGUGAUUGUGAUGCAGAUGGUGUUGCUCAGACAUGCAAUGCCGAAGCAUAUAUCUUGCCUGCAGGACUUAGCACUGGAGCCCUGAUAGCAAUAUUGGCUUGUGUCUUGACGCUGCUAGUUCUUGUCUUGCUGAUUGUCACCAUGAGGCGACGUAAAAAAGAGCCCCUCAUUUUUGAUGAAGAGAGAGAUAUCAGAGAGAAUAUUGUCAGGUAUGAUGAUGAGGGUGGUGGAGAAGAAGACACCGAGGCUUUUGACAUGGCUGCCUUGAGAAACCUUAACGUCAUCCGAGACACCAAGACCAGAAGGGAUGUGACACCUGAGAUUCAGUUCUUGAGCAGACCAACUUUUAAAAGCAUCCCAGAUAACGUCAUUUUUAGAGAAUUUAUCUGGGAAAGACUAAAAGAAGCUGAUGUGGAUCCCUGUGCACCACCAUAUGACUCCCUGCAGACAUAUGCAUUUGAGGGGAACGGCUCGGUGGCAGAGUCACUCAGUUCUUUAGAUUCAAUCAGCUCAAACUCUGACCAGAACUAUGAUUACCUCAGUGAUUGGGGUCCUCGCUUUAAAAGGCUUGCGGAUAUGUAUGGGACUGGACCAGACUGCUUAUACUCAUAGCCUUGGAACCUUUCUCUGAAAAAUGCACUGAUGAAUACUAAACCAGAAAACUCAACCUUACAGACUGAAGAAAGUUGUAAAUAUUUCCCCAUUUUUAACCUUUUAGGUUUUUUUGCCUUGGUGGAACAUAUCUUCAUUAGACUUAUCCUGGGGACUGCACUGACCACACAAAAUAUGAGCAUUUGGUGGCAUUUUUGGUAAAAUGAAAUGCUCAGCCACACUCAAAUAGAUAGCAACGCUGAGAUACCUGCAGAGGCAACUCAUUUUCAAGGUUAUGUUAAGCACUGUGACCUCAAUUAGCCAAUGAUACUCUGUAGAUGCCUUCACAGUAUUGCUGUAUCUAAAACACAAUGUUGCUGGUAUGAGAUAAGUGUAAGAAGAAACAAAUUUACAAAUCUAAUAUCUUGUUCAAUACCAUAUUACAAUAUGUAGUGCUUACACAUGCAAGGAUUUUUUCACAAAUUUUCUUUAAAGUGUUGCGUGCAACUUGAUAGGCUGAAAGCAGAAGGAUAGACAUGAAACCAAACAAAAGCCCAGGAGAUUAUUUUCUUUCUUCUUUCUGUUUGUUCUCAGAACUACUUAAUUAGAAGUGUCUGUAAUUUUCUGGGAAAUUUUAUGAAAAAUUGCUAUUCAUACUAAGAAAUUCCACAGUGUUUGUUAUCAACGUACCGAAGUAGUCUGCAAACCACAUAAAAUGAAAAAUAUGGCAGAGUAUUCUUAUAGCAGAAAAAUUUUUGUGGUGCCCAUGUAGGUAUAGAGAAGAUGUUGCUAUCUAUUUGCUCUUUUUUAUUAUAUCUUCUGAUUUGUACAGGAGAAUUUAUCCUUUUUAUUAUUAUUUGACAUGAAGUGUUAUAUUUAUUUUGGAGCUCCAAUCUCCACUAAAUUCAGGUCCAUUUUACUGCCUCAUGGUAUUAGACUUGCUGAUUUUUCUCCAGUCUCAGAUAAACAUAGGAAAUGAAGCAUGGAAAUGGAGAAAUUACAGUAACGCAAUCUUGCCCACUUUUCAUCUUUCAGAAAGGAGAGCAACUCCAAGGACAUGCAGUUGUUCUUCUGAGCCAUUACGAAGUCUGAGACAUUUAAAUAAAAUAUUUGUACAUUGAAUUUUUGGAAAGAAGACUACAGAGGUAGUUGGGAGUGUCUUUAAUGCAAUCUUUAAUUUUCAAGGUUAAACAUACUAUGUGCUUCAAAGACUGUAAACACCUUGCUUUUCUCCUUCCCCUUCUCUUUUGCUGCUGAUGAAUCACAGUAAAAGACUCUUUAAUGUCUUUCUUAUGAUAAGCAAUGUAAUGCUAUUAACUCCAGAAAUCAUCCUUAGAUUCUGCUGCACACAAGUACUUUUCCCCAAAGGCAUUAAUUCACUGCAUAUAAUUUCUGCACUGGUUCAGAAGUGCCAAAAGAGAAGGAUAACUGCUAUUGGUUAAAAUACUAUACAAUUUUGAAUUAGGGUUUCUUAGAAUAAGACAAGUUUUUUAUGAUUCUGACAGUAUUUAUACUCCAUCACUCAUGAUUUAUUACUAGCUAAUAAGGCAUAUACUCAAGUAAAGUAGUGUUUUUUAAGAAUUAUUUCACAUUGUUUUGUUUUAGAUAAUCUGUAGAUGGGUUCCUCAGUUAGACUUUGCUCCUGCAAACUUUUUGCUUGUACCUAACUUGAAAUGACUUGACUUGCCUGCAGUAACUGAGAGGCAUACUGAUUUGUUUUGCAGAACUGUGUUUGUGAAUAGAAGGUACUCCACAAAGGAUAUACUCACUCUAAAAUUACUUCUUUCUGAAAGAAGGAUCCUUGCGCUAACAUCCUAAUGUAUGAGUGACACCAGGCUGGGAGAUGGGAAAUUAUCAUUAAGGCUUUGUAAUUUUUGCAGCCCAGCAUUAUAAAUUAAAUAUGUGAAAGUGGCCUUCAGCUCCAUCAGAGGAAAAAUAAAAAAAAUUAAUCAUCUGCAACAUAUUUAAUUUGAGUUACAUUUUUAUAGACAAUCAUUGUUUCAUAAUUCAGUAGAUUUGCUUCUAGUUGUAUUAAAUAUAUAUAUAUAGGUACAUAUAUAUAUAUAUAUAUAUGACAGAUUUUGUAAUGGAACUGAAAGAUAUUGCCCAUGACUUUUAGUCAUACCUGUAAGAUUUUCAAUAAAAAAAUUACAAAAAAAGAAAAUUAACCACGUGUAUGCAGUUUAAUAACAGCGAGAUAUGCUGCAGGAGUUAAGCAGCUAUUAAAUCAGCAAGGUGCUGAGAGAACAGUUUUUUAUUAAUCUCCUUGUUGUUUGUGGGACGAUAAUUCAUGCAUCUGGAUUAAGAUGUCAAAAAUGCUGAUUUUAGCACAUAACACUCAAAGGAGAUUUAAACGUGGUUUACAGUAAACAGCAUAAUUCCCUUGCUUUCCCACCUUCUAUAUCUGUAAAAAAAGAAACCCUGUUAUGAAACUAUAAUAGGGGUGAAGUUGAUGUAUUUUCUAUGGAAAGAAAUAUGCUUUACUCCAAAGCCAUAAAACUUUCUUUUAUAUAUACAGUUUCUGCUGCAUAGUUCUAAAAUAACUGAGUAAAUUUCUCCUUACAUUGUAUAUGCUUAUGUGUUGAUUAUAUUAUUGCAGUAAGAAAGAAAGGUCUAAAUCGCUUACGCUUGAUGACUAAUAUGACUACAGUAUAUGCAUGGGGUCUCCAUAGUACACAUACUUUAUAAUGUUUUCCAUAAGUUACCAUGACUAUAGGUUUUCAUUGCUUGUAAUGCGAUUCAGGUUCUUUCUUUGAGUGUUAUUUAUAUCGCAUAGACUAAGGUCAUAAGGUAUAUUCUACUGGCUAAAUAUUGUAAAAUAUAAGAAAUGUUUUCUCUAUCCUGGGUUAUAGGCAUAUUAAUUAGAAAGGCUUUUUUUAAAAAGAUCUCCCAUUUUAUUUAUUUAUUCAACUUUCUGAAGAGCUCCAGGAUCUAAGUAGAAUCCACAAGUCUUCCUUAAAAAGUAUGCCAAACAUUGCAACCACUCCCAUCUUACAGUGGAAUGCCAACACCUCUUCUUCCACCAUAUGAGAAUCAAAUAAGAUUAUUUAAAAUUGGAAAAAGCCAAUGGUUUUGAGUGUGCCACUGAAAAAAUCCACGGAAAGUUAAACCACUUGAAGAAAAUUUAAGACAAGACUCCUUACUCUGCUUUGAGUAGUGUAAAAACUACUGAAUUCAAUAAAAUUAAACAGCAGACGUUCUGACAUUUUUAAGACAUAGCACAGGCCUUCCUAUGUCUACUAAUUCUGGUAACUACGUUAAAAUAAUCACUGCAGGACUCAUGAAAUUUGAUGAAGCAAACUGACACCUUUCCUUCUGCCAAAGAUUUAGGGAGGAAAACAAAAUUGCUUCUUUUUUACUUGUUGUUUUCUGUGUUGUUUUGAAAGGGGCAUUUUGCUUUAAAGCUAAGGUCUUUUCUUAGUUAUUUUAUACUAUUAAUGCUUCAGGUGCUGGCACUCAUCAAUAAUAAAAAAUUUCCUGUCGUUCUUUCUUUUUGGGUGAAAAUAAGUUGUUAAAUAUAAAAUAGCAGCAUCUUAUUUUUAUGGACAAGUACUCUUGUAUGAUAUAAAGAAAAGUAGUAGUUUGUCAUUCUGAAAAAGAUGCAUACAAUUACAUUGACUUUUUAGAUCAUUAAAGAGUUGGAAAGCAAACACAAUUUCCUAUAUCAAAUCUAGUAUUAAAUUCUUGGUUGUGGCCUGUCAUUUGACUGAUUUUUUUUUCUAUAUGGAGAAUUUUUCUCUGCUUUAGACUCUUAUGUAGAUCAAUACUGCUUUGAGACAACAAUGUAUUCACCUCAUUAGAGAGAGCUAAAUGGGGUCAACUAUAUUUUUAUUGGUCUGUGACUUUGAAAGUGAAUUGCCAAGAAUAUUUUUUUUUUUCUGUUUGACAAAAGCAGAGAAGUUAACAAGACAACCAGAAGUCUACCAAUUGCAAUCUUAACUAUGGCAUCACUAACUUUUCCAUAUGUAUGUAUGUUUCUUAGGUAUAUCCUGAGAUACAGUUACACCUCAGAAUCAUUUCUUCCAUAAAAGAAUUCUUCCUCUGCUUGGUAUCAGUGCAGCUUAAAAAGUAUUUUAUUGUGUACUGAAAACGUUUUUUUGAGGAUAUCUAUCUGCGGUUUUGUUCUUUGAACUAGGAGAAGGGAUUGAAAAAAAUGUACAUAUGAAUGCUAUACUUUCUUUAUAUCUAUAGUGUAUAAUUUCUCACAAAAAAAAAAAAAUGGGAGUCUUUCAAAGAAAGCAGAAAACAGCAUAGGAAUUUCUUGGAAAUCAGAAGAAAAUCUGAUUUGAAGUGGUGUAUCGUAUGCAUGCUUCUUCUCUUAUCUCAUAUGUGAGCACAUAAUUCACAGAAGCAUACGUAUAUUUAAACAUUCCAGCCACACACUAAUUAUUUUAAAAUACCUUAUUUAACUAGUAUUUAACUAGAGAUGAUCCCAAAAAAUUAACCUCACUAGCAAAAAUUUGUUUAUCCUCGUUAAUGUCCAAUGCAGAAAAAUAUAGGUUAGACUCCGGCAAAACUUUUAAGAUUGCUUCCACAAUAAGAGAAAAUAGUUUUCAUAAAUUGAACUAAAAUAGUUUAGAAGCUGUUAGUGAUUUUGCAAGAAGUGCUAUUUCCAUGAUGUUUUAAAGCCAUAAGUAAUUUUAUAAGAAAAUAGUAUCAAAUUGAAAUUAUUAUUCCUAUAAAUAUCCUAAAGUUUAGUGGAGUUUAAUAUUUGUUUGUUUAACUAAGUUCAUAAGUCUAUUUUGCAUCAUAACAGCGAACUGAAUGCUGAACCAGGACUAGUGAAAAUGCAAGGAUUUUAUUUUCUCCUUCUACUACGCACCAUCUCUGCCAAAGUCAGAAUUUCUUUUCAUUCUACAUUAAAGCAAAAUCAAGUUGAAACUAAGUUAGACACAGUAGGGAAUUCAGUCUUGGUCUCCUCCUUGUAAAGGCUAAAAGACUACUUACUAGGUCAUUGUGUUCAGUUAUUCCCGUCUGAUGAUGUCGUGACACCUAGGUCGCACUGAGACCUGUGAAGCUUAGGCUGUUGGGUUUUUUUAUUCUUUCGUUGUUCUUAAUACUAGUGGUAUUGGUGAAACAUUUACAUUUGGAUGAGUUGAUGUUUUUCAUUGGAAUUUUUUUUUGCAUUUGGUCAAAACCUUGCCAGCUGGGUAUAUGCUGACUUUUCUUCAGUUUUUACUUCAGACUCACCUUUUUCUCUUUUAUUAAUAGCACAAAAGUAGGUGCUGUAUGUUUGUUCUCUGUGAUGUCAAGAAGCUAUGGAUAAAAAGCUAAACGUAACAUCAACAAAUUUCCGUGCAAUUAAACUGUCACUUUGUCUAAACAUGAGCUCACAAACACUAUAGUUAAGCUACCAUUAGCACCAUUCAAAUAAUGGCAUAGGUCUAAUCUUACAACUUUAAAAUAUACUGUCAUUUUCUGGCACUACUAUCAGUAAGUUUUACAUGUUUAGCAAAAUCAAAUUUUAGAUUUCUCAAGGGUUGUUGCCUGUAUCUUGGUUUCAUCAUAAUUAUUUAUAUCAUGGUCUUGAUGCACAGAAAAAGAGGGGAAAGUUACAAAAGUAAAACAGCAGAAGUACAAAAGGCCUCUAUGUGUACUGACUUUUAGUACAGUGUUUUAAUUAUUGCCCUACUGUGUAGUACUCCCUAAUGCACUGAUAGCUUUUCCUCUCAUUUGGACUAACUAUUCAUCGGUUAGGAUAAGUGUGAUAUCCAGCUAGGAUUUCAAGCCACAUUAGUGUCUGACAAGAACAGUUAGUCUGAAUUUUAAUGUCUUUAUAUUUCCUUAAUGAUGAAAAGAUCCUUUAUUUUUAGGACACUGUUGAAAUUACAUGGAGAAAGAAUUUUUUACUGAUGGUCUUAAAAAUGCUAGGUGAAAUUCUGAUCAUAUUGAAGUAGAUUGUUGGAGAAGACUGAUAAAUUGGCACUUACAGCAUCAAGACCAGAGAUUGGUAAUUUGAGCUGGACAUCCUUUCUUUUUACACAAUCUCUUCCACUGAUUUUUCUUCUCUAGAAACCACAAUCUGCAUCUUUUAAUGGUAAUGUGAGUAGCUUAACAGGGUGGUUUUAUAGGCAUAAGACAUAAACUAGUUAAUUUCUAUCAGCAUAGUACACAUAAACUUGCUGUAACAAACAGUACCCUUGCUCACAAAGAUCCUUUCUGUGCACAUGCUAAAUACAGAAAGUGUUACAAAAGGUUUACACUUAAUGAAGUACCAAUGGUGAAAUGCUGACUGGAGGAAAAAAAAUAAUCUCUUUCUCCCUAAAAUUAAGAACAUAUAGACUUUCUGAGCUAUAAAAUUAAACUGUUAUACCUUUCCUCAGACUGUGUGACCAUCUGUAGCUUUAUUGACUUCCACGACUGUAGGUACAAACUAAAUGGAUUGUAACUUUCCUGUUAGGGAGUAUGUUAUGUUGCUGUUGCUUGAGAUUUUAUUAACACAGAAAGGAAUGGGAGUGAUAGAAUGGCAGAGAGAUUAAGAGUACCAAGUUUUUCCUGGUGUUUUUAUUGCUCCAUACAUGAUCGAGUGAUGUGAAGAAUAACAUUUUUACCAUAUGCUACUGAAA